GUGCCCACUCUACUCACACUGUCCUUGCCGCCAAACACUCUCAACACUCUCUCGCUCUGUCUGGCUUCAAUGGAGGUCCAUCAACCCUCGUCAUCUGAUGAGUUGGAUAAGGAGUGCUCAAUUCUACUUGAGCUAGCGGAAAGUGACCCUCUUUUUAACAAAAAGAAGAAACUGCUACAAGAUAACAGAUUUAAUCCGAAGGAACGAGUAUGCGUAAACAGGUCAUCAGAUCCUAAUUGGCUCAGUACCUCCUUGACACUAAUGCUUCGGAUAGCACGGAUCAUAAAACUUGACGAGGUAGAGCUUUAUUUUGGGGGAGAAGAACAGAUGGACUCAUAUAGUCCCAGGAAUGAGCUGGAAACCCUCAAUUCUAUUCUUCAGCUUGUGGAAAGUUCAAUCUCUGAUGCAUGUGAAAUGCAAAAGGAUAUCCUGCAAGAAUUACGUGAUAGUACUGUUGAUAAGAUUUGUCAGUUUGCUGGAAACAGUUUGAAGACUACAAUUGUAGAAGGCCAGAACUCUGAUAAAGAAAAGCAAUUGCUGCAAUGGGGUGAAACCUAUGGUGUCAAGACAAGGUUGCAGAUAGCUUAUGUUGAAGGGGCUGAUAGAGGAGCUAGAGCUAGAGAAGAUCUAAAAGUUGGAGAUACUGCUUUGGAGAUCCCGACAUCGUUAAUAAUUUCUGAGGAGCUUGUCCAGAAAACUGACAUGUAUCAGAUAUUAGAGAAGCUGGACAACAUUGCCUCUGAGACUAUGUUGUUGUUGUGGGGCAUGAAGGAGAGGCACAAUACUGAUUCACAAUACAAGAUCUACUUUGACACACUGCCAGAGGAUUUUCAUACUGAUUCUGCAACCAAUACCAUGAAAUUCCGUCUGUCAAAACCUUGCAGUGCUGGACAAGAAUGUUGCCUUAGCUACGGAAACCUCUCCACUUCUCAUCUAGUUACCUUUUAUGGCUUCUUACCACAAGCAUACAACCCUUAUGAUGUGAUUCCACUUGAUAUUGGUUGUGCCAAAGAUGAUUCUACUGAAGAUGGCUCGACAUCUGAAUGGACAAAUCACAUGGUGCGAGGUACUUGGUUCUCAAAUAACUGGAAUAUUUUCUAUUACGGCCUGACCUCCCUUUUGGACUGCCUAAGGAGAGCUCGGAGUCCCAUGCUGCUGACCAAGAGCCUUCUGCCAGAAAACUUGAAGAAUGAAAUUGAAAUCCUCGAAGAUCGUCUCGCAAUCUUCAAUGACAUGAUGGAUAGCCCUGGUGAUGCAGACCUUGAUGACAGAAAAAACACUAAUUGGGAUGUAAAGCUGGCAGUGGACUUCAAAUUUCUACAAAGAGGUAUUGUAUCUUCGAUUUUAACGUCAUGUCAUAAAGGUCUCGAUUUGGUGAAACACGAACUGUCUAAAAUGCAUGUCUGAGGGCCUGAGGGUGCUCUUAGUUGGAGCAGUGGUUCAACGAAACUAUAUGUUAAGCAUUUUAGCAUAGAAUAGAACUUUUAGAGGGCACAAUUUGAUUCCUGUGGAGUAUAUACCAAACUAGUGAUCACCACAAGGUAUAUCUACUUGUGAAACGUCUUUGUUUUUCCUCCUUGUAUGUUGCGAGCCGCAUGAGCAUAGAAUAGUUCAUUAGUGAUGAAAAUUCCAUUCCUAAAGCGACUUAAGCUGCCUUUUUUUAUUAUAAUGUCGAAGUCUACACAUUUCGCAUUUUCAAAUGGCCAUUAAAAACGUGAGGCAUGCCUUUUGCCUCAAUGUGGACUUUCUAGUGAAUUUUUAAUU